GCUGACGGACGCGUCGAGGACAUUCCUCGGGGAAGCCUGCCUCCGACCAGCGCUGCAUGACUUGAACUCCGAUGGCUGCAUGUCUCGCGGCUUUUUCAGACCUGCUAGUCUCGCAUUGCUCGAUAAGCUUCUGUUCAGGUGUACAGUACAAGCAGUGACGUCCAUCGACAGACGACGCCCGCAAGGAUGCGAGGCAGAAGCAACCACUCGGGUCUCCUUAGCAUCGACUCGGUCGAGAGCCAGACCUCGCUCAGCACACAAGAUGCAUCGACCCAGCCUUCGCUCACAGACGAUGGCAUGUCUCCAGAGACGAGCCUCUCGACGCAUGCCGGUCAAAGUAGCAAGACCAAACAGCCGAGAGCCAAGCGUCCCAAUGUAGAUGCGCUGUCUAGACCCUCAAAAGCUCUCAACGCCGGCCAAGGCCGUACACCGGCGUGGCUCGUUGAGCCUACUGGUACUGAUAUCGAGCACAACUUGCUCGACGGACUCGAACGCCUGGCGUCACCUCCACCUUUGCUAAGCGCGCAAGAUUUGAAUGGUCGAGCUCGAUCGCACACAGAGGAUGUUGGUCAUCACCAGCUCAUUCAGAACAGCCACCAGACUGCCCUCGCCAAUCACUACGUUGCUGAGCCGCUGACAUUCUCUGCAGUAUCUUCGAGCGGGAUGGUACUGUCGGACAUUGACGUCAUCGCGCGCCAACGCGAGAUGUCACACCAAAGCCGAGCCUUUCUGCAGCCUUUCCCCUCGCCUCCCAACUACUCUACGUUCGCGCUUCCCAAAGAAGGCUUCGGCGAUCAGUCUUUCACCGAGCUGACCGGACCACCCGCCUAUCGCCCCUCACCUGUGGCGCAUUCACCGACGAGAUAUGACGAUAGCUUUCUGUCCAUUCCUUCUAUCCACGGUGCCAGUCGUAGUUUCGCACACGAUAAUGCGUUGCGCCUGCCUUCAGUAGGCCGUGUCAUCCCAUCAGUUGAUCUGCCGGGCUGGGGGGUCACGGCUCGUCCAAUCUUUGCAUCGCCUUUGCACAUCUCCGACACCGGAACUGGCCACCCAGAUCGAGACCAGCCCGCGUAUGCACCCUCGCAUCAGCUCUUUAAACGCUGCGAGGCUCUUGCCGCGCUUCUGCCCGGCACUGGUAUCAGAGAGAUCCUCCUUCGCGAUGCGCCGCAAGGCCUCGAUUCGCCUCAAGAUCAGAUCAACCGCUUAGACGAGCUCGGCGCGUUAAACGGACAAACGUUGGCACUCUAUGUCAAUCUAGCUGUCCGAGAGAUCAGUCUGACUCGCUCGCUCAUGGAUCCGGCCGGACUUGCACCUCGCUCAUCCAUCAUGACACUUUCAGUCUUUGCUGACCCUCAUCACUGGCCUAUCCUGCAAUCACUCAACCUCGCCUCUGUGCCCCUUCACGAUCACGAUCUCACUUUUAUUCAUCAUCUGCCCGCUCUUCGCACACUCAAUCUGUCUAGUACUGGUAUAUCGCCCGAAGGUAUCACCCAUCUCACGGCCCUCAAGGCGAACCUCAAAGAGCUCUCGCUGUGCGAGAAUGCCCAGAUCAAUGACGACGUCUGGCUCAUGUUGUCAUACCUCAGCGCGCUUGUUUCGCUCUCGCUUGAUGGCACCCAUGUCACAAUGGUCGGCUUGCGCAAGUAUGUUCGCGGACUCAUCAAGGAACAGCGCAACGUGUCCAUGACCGUGCCAGCCGAGAUAUAUGACUACCUGGAUUCGGCAGAAGAUUUGUAUCCGGACUGCAGCCAGAAGCCAAUGUGCAACAAAGUCUCGAGAGUAGCAAAGCUAUCCGGUCCAGAGAUCAAGCUCAACCUGGUCACCCAUCGUGGCCUAGAUUCGAGUAUCAUUCUGGGCGGUCUGCGCGCCGAUCAAGACGCUCGCCUUCGAGCCAUUCUCGAGCGAAGAGAUGCUGAUUUGGCAUGCCUGGCCUACUUCCACAUGCUGCGCAAGCCCGAGAAUUACGACGAUGAAGGCUCUCCCGUUUCAGCAUGACCAAACACCGCUGCCCAAAGGUGCACCCUGACCAAGGCUCUUGUCAUGGUGCGUAGAGGCGAGCGAAGAACAAAGACACAAGAUGCUCCCCUGAAGCCAGCUAUGCUGCCUUUCGCAAAAGGCUGCAGCUUGCUACGUGC